AUGUCCCCACCACACUUGACCGCCGGCUGGGUCUACGGUCUGGAGUCUGUACCUUCCACAACCGAGGCCGGCAAGAUCAUUGCCAUUGCCAUCGCGUUCUCAAUCAUCUCGCUGGUGUCUGUCUUGGUACGCUUCACGCAACGCUGGAAGCUUCUUCAUACUAUCGGACUGGACGAUGUUGCCUCCGCCGGAAGUAUGCUUUUCGGAGUGGCAUACUGUUCAAUAGCGAUUUAUCAGACAAGAUGGGGUCUGGGACUCGAUGCGAAGGCUUUCCCAGACGGCAACGCAGUGCAAUUUAGUCGCGUUCAGUACACUGGUGGACCGAUCUACUGCCUGGCCAUCAUGGGCUUCAAGGUCUCACUUCUGGCCGGUUACCUACGAUUGGCCGGAUUCAACAAGACUUACCGCAUUGUGCUAUACAUCACUUUAGGCAUGGUCAUCUCAAACCAGCUGAUCUACACCUUCCUGCUAUCGUUUGCUUGUCAGCCGAUCGCUAAGCAAUGGGAUCCAGCGCUCCCAGGUCAUUGCAUCGACCAGCUCGCAACUUACUUUGGUCUGGGAGGGUCUAGUCUAGGCUUCGACAUUCUCAUUAUUCUGUUGCCUUUCCCAAUUCUGCGUCGCCUACAACUCGACACCAAAAAGAAAGCCAUCUUGGGGGGGUUGUUUGCACUAGGCUUCUUCGUCACAAUUAUACAGGCGAUUCGCAUCCACACGAUCGCAAACCUCGCCACAUAUACCGAUUCGCAGCCCAUCAUCACAUGGUCGAUGGUUGAGAUCCAUCUAGGCGUGUUCAUAUCGUGCGUUCCAUCGUUCGCACCGUUGCUACGGAAGUUUGGCGAGAGAGUGGGAACGCAGUAUCACUCCAGUGGUGCUGGAAAGCCGUCGCGUGACAAGUACGGCAAUAGUGCUGUCAAGGCAGAACAUGUUGGCGAUAGCAAUACGAGUCGAACACAAAAGAGUAAGAAGACGUUCUCAUAUCUGUCGCGAGAGGCGCUCGACGAGCAUGAUGAUGAGAUCGAGCUAUGGCGGGGUCCUGAAGCAAAGGGUCGUAAUGGCAAAGCAGAUGCGACGAUCUGGGGAGCGCACACGAACCAGGGGACAGUGAUCGGAACCGCUGUGUCGACGCCGCACGACGAGACCGGGUAUGGUGCGCCGGAUCGCGGUGGCAUAUUGCAUAGCGAAUACACACCCAGCGACGGGAUCUUCGUGCAGCACAACAUCCGAGUGCAUAGUGAGCACAAUAUUCUUGCGCCUCGCUGA